ACAGCUUUGUAUGGAAAGCGGUGCAUUUUCCCAGUAGGAAGAAACGGACACCGUCGGUAUGGAGUUAACUGAAGCUUUCAGGAGCUUUCAGCUGCCCUGGCCUCAUAUGCAUUAUGUGUUCGCUGCGCUGUGUCUCAUUGUAACCGUUUAUAAAUUAAGUAGUUUCCUCGCCAGAAGAAAAACCGUGAUACGAGACAUUGAGGCUUUUCCAGGACCUCCGGGACAUUGGCUGUUUGGACAUGUUUUCCAGUUCAAACAAGAUGGGACAGACUUUGAAAAGAUCCUGGAUUGGGCAGAGCAGUAUCCUUACGCUUUCCCGCUGUGGUUUGGCCCCUCUUUUUGUUUUCUUAAUAUUCACCAUCCAGAUUAUGUAAAGACCAUUCUGGCCUCAACAGAGCCAAAAGAUGAUUUUGCAUACAAGUUUAUUGAGUCUUGGAUUGGACCUGGGUUAUUGGUGUCAAGCGGUCAGAAAUGGUUCAGACACAGAAGGCUCUUGACUCCAGGUUUCCAUUAUGAUGUUUUAAAGCCAUAUGUGCAACUGAUGGCACAGUCUGCUAAAACUAUGUUGGACAAAUGGGAAAGUUAUGCAACCACCAAUGAGCCCUUUGAAUUGUUUCAACAUGUGAGCCUUAUGACACUAGACAGCAUCAUGAAGUGUGCCUUUAGCUGCAACAGCAACUGUCAGACAGAUGGGGGCUCAAACACAUACAUCAAAGCAGUGUAUGAGCUCAGCAACCUUAUUAACCUUCGAAUGAGGAUGUUUCCAUACCACAGUGACCUAAUUUUCUACCUCAGCCCACAUGGUUUCAGACAUAGAAAAGCAUGCAAGGUGGCUCACAAUCAUACAAAGGAAGUGAUAAGAAAGAGAAAAGAAGCACUAAAAGAGGAGACCGAGCUUGGUCGUGUACAAACCAAGAGAUACUUGGAUUUUCUGGACAUCCUUCUCUUUGCAAAAGAUGAGGAGCAGCAGGGUCUGUCAGAUGAAGACGUCCGAGCAGAGGUGGACACCUUCAUGUUUGAAGGGCACGACACCACGGCCAGCGGUAUCUCUUUCAUCCUCUACUGUCUGGCCUGCCAUCCAGAGCACCAGAAGAUCUGCAGGGAUGAGAUCAUGGAAGCUCUGGUCGGCAAGGACACCAUAGAGUGGGAGGACUUGAGUAAGAUUCCAUAUACCACAAUGUGCAUAAAGGAAUCGCUUCGUCUUUACCCUCCCGUACCAGGAAUGGCCAGGAAGAUCACCAAACCAAUAACUUUUUUUGAUGGAAGGACUUUACCAGCAGGUUUUCAUAUUGGAACAAGUGUGUUUGGGAUUCAUAGGAAUUCAGCUGUCUGGGAAAACCCUAAUGUCUUUGACCCACUGCGUUUCCUCCCAGAAAAUGUCUCAAAGAGGUCACCUCAUGCCUUUGUGCCUUUCUCCGCUGGGCCAAGAAACUGCAUUGGUCAGAAUUUUGCAAUGAAUGAGAUGAAGGUGGUUAUUGCCCUGACGCUAAAGCGGUACCAUCUGAUAGAAGACCCUGACUUGAAACCCAAGAUGAUUCCUAGACUGGUUCUCCGCUCAAUCAAUGGCAUCCACAUCAAGAUCAAACCUGUAGAGAUAUAGUGGUAAAAGGGCAGUGGCUGCAGCAACUCCCAAGAAAAACACAUUGUUGAAUAAGGGAAUCAUUUGUGUGAUUUAUCUGAAGUGACAUUUAAUGAAGCUUUUACACUGACAUUGAAUCUAAUGGUUAUGAAUUGUAUAUAUUUUUUAGGAUGAAUUACGUGUUUUUAAAGUACAAAAGAUAAGUUGUAAUCUCACACUUUUUUCUUGACAUUUUUUCACUUCAUAUGUUAAAAAAGUACUUGCACUGUAAUAGAGAUUUGCUUCUAUUUGCAUUACAUAUAUAUAUAUAUAAACACAAACUUAAUUGCAUUAAGAGAUUAAAAAAUACAGACGUAUUUUUGGAGGAGCUCCAUGGGCUCAUUAAAACUCCGGCACACCACUGUCGUGAGCACAGUUUGUUACUGUGUUGAAAAGUCUUAAGUUUCUACCGUACAAAUGAAAAAAAAGAAAAAUGUUUAGAAAGACUGAGACAUUCUCAUUGACCAAGCACAUUUAAUACAGACUGAGGGGAAGUGGAAAACUGCCCUGUGGUUUGGUAAAUCAAUUUUUAAAUCCCUCUUGGAAAUAACAGAUGCGGCAUCUUCGAAGCUCAUGGUUCUGAAACUGUGUGACAUGUACCACUGGUUGUGCACUCGCUCUCCCUCUAAUGGUACGGUGAAAAAAUUCCAAUGUGGAAAUUACAUUUUCCUCUCCUGUUUUCAACAACAUAUCUCUGCGAUUUUCUUUGCUUGCUGUCCCUAAAAUGAAGUGGAUGGAUAGUGGAUAGCCAAAUCUGAGACUGAAGCUAACAUCGAUUGAUCCUGAUAGAACUAUUUUUACUUCUACUGAAGUAGGUUCAUUGGUGAGUUUUUUUUUCUCUUACUAACGUGGUAGUAAACUUUAACAUGAUUUGAGUAUUGAGACAUUUUUCAAAUAAAUUUGUAUGUAUAAAAGACACAUUAUAAGGACUUUUCUGAGGGGUUAUUCUUGAGUUGUGUGAAACAGCUUAAUUGCCAGUUCUGCUGAUUUACUCUUUUAACUAUGAAAUAGUAGCUGCCAACAAGUCAACAAUAAAUAACAUUUUCAUUUGGAACUAACCUGCUUCUUGUCUGAAGCCUGCCUAUGAAAAAGGGUAGUUUUUUUUUAGCUGUGUUUUCAUAUGUGGCGUAAUGGUUGUACUUGGACAGCCUGAGAUUUUUCAAAGUCGUGUGUAAUGUAAAAAGUUUGAGAAAAGAUAUUUCUAAAGUGAAGUUGCAUCCUCUAGUUUGUUAACAAUGCACAGUUUGAAAAUCAGCAUCUGUGAUUGUAUAAAUGUGUUGUAGCAAUUAGCAAGGGUAACUUGCACAUCUGCAAAGGUAACAAUAAUGAUGAACAAUAUACAGA